AUGGUGGAUAUAGAUAAAGAACCUAUAUCAAAUGAAAAUAAUAUUAAAUAUUUAAAAGUGUAUUCUAAUAUUUUAUUUAAAUAUACAGAAGAACAAGAGAAGAAAAAAGAAUAUACUGAUGUAGCUUUAUUGGGUGAUAAUAUAAAAGAGGAAAAGAAAUUUUUUAAAUUAAUAAAUAUUGAUAUUUUAUUAAUAAUUCUAUGGUUUUUGGUACUUUACAGUUUUUCAUAUAAUAUAGUAAAAGUAAGAAAUUUUCAAAAUGAUUUAUCUAAUAAUAUAAAUGAAUCUAAAUUUUAUUCUGAAACUUUUUACAAAUCAUUGAGUGAUAAUAUAAAAAAUACUAAUAGUGAUUAUUCAUAUGAAUCUAGAAAAAAGGAUUAUACUACAUUUAAAAAUAUAAAUAAUAAAUUUGAAUUAGCUUCAUGGAUAAAAAAUGAAUUCGCAAAAAAUGUAUCUUAUGAAAAAUAUUUCAAUAAUAAUAUUAUAUUUGGAAAUUGUUGGAGAAUAACUAUGAGAUUAUAUAACAAUAAUAAUAAUAAUGAUGAUAAUAAUAGCAACGAUUCGUUAAUAAAAAAUUUUUAUAAUAAAAAAAAAUUAUAUGAAAUAUAUUCAGAUACUAAUUUUUUAAAAGAAAUAGAAAAUAAUCAAAAUAUUAGUUAUCCUUAUUUUGAUAAAAAAUGGAAUUAUAACUUUUCAUAUGGAAAGUCAUAUAAAAAGAUUGGAGGAUUAUAUCAAAUAAUAUGUGAAAAUGAUUAUAAUAAAAUUCAAGAAAUUUUAUCUCAGGAUAGUUUUUAUACAACAACGUAUCCAUAUUUUAUACCAGCUGUUAUAUUAACAAAUUAUAAUAUAGCUACAGUUACAUUAGAUUAUUUAUUAUAUAAUCCUAUAUUAAAUCUUAUAUCUUAUAAUGCUCUAAAAUUUUCUUUCUUACCUAAUACUAAAACAUAUAAAGAAAUAUCUACAUUGUCAGCUUCAUGUAAUCAAAUGAAUUUAUGUUUCAUAGUUUCUUUUUUUGUAUUUCUUUGUAUUUUUAUUAUGUAUAUAUUAAAAGAUGUGAAAAAAUAUCUCCUGGUCGGUUUUAAUUUGUAUGUGAAAACGUAUAGUUGUAAAUUUAUGACCAUAGUGUGCGUCCUAUUAAAUAUGUUAAGCCUAGGCAUUCAUCUUCUGUUUCAAUAUAAGAUACCCAAUUUAAAUGCUACAUAUGAAAAUGGGAAAUAUAAAAUAGAUUCCUUAUAUGCCAAUGCAAACUCAGAUAGUAUUGUAAAUAUGUUUUAUGAUAUGGAACGAGUUAUUUUGUAUAUAGAAUGGACAAAAUACAUUUUUAUAUUUACAUGUUUUAUAACAUUUAUAUUUUCAUAUUAUUUAAUUAUAAAAAAUUACGGUUUGUUAAUAAAAAAAUAUAAUAAUGUUGAGAAGAAUAUUAAAAAGGAUUUCUUAUAUCCUUGCUCUAUUAUAUUAAUGGUUGUUUUUAUAUAUUUAAGUAUAGUUUCAAUUUAUCGUUAUGAGGUCUUUAAUAUUUCUGAAAAUGAAAAUUGUAAUAUGAUUUAUGUUUUUAUUUUAAAUAUAUGUUUACUUUUUGCAAACUUUCAAGGAUUUAAUAUAUCGUCAAUAAUAAAUACAGAGGGAAAUAAUUUAUCUUAUUUUUAUUUCAUCCCAACACUUUUUUUUAUAUUCACCAUUAUUUUUUCUUAUAUCUUUUUUUUGGCCAUAAAAUCUUAUAUUAAAAGAAAUAAGAAAAUGUACAAAUGGUAUAUGCGUCAUUUUAAAGAUAACAGAACAUUAAGUAAAGAUAAUAACACGGAUAGAGGAAUAAAAAUUCAAGCAUAUAAGAAAAGAAAGUCAAUUUAUAACAAAAAUAAUGAGUAUAAUAAAAGUGAACGAACGGUAGAAACUAAUAUAUGUAAUGAAGAAAGAAGCCAAAACGAAAUAAAAACAGAUAAAAUAGAAAAAAUAGAAAAAAAUGAAAAUGAGAAACAAGGUGAAACACCCAACGAAAAUAUAGAUAAAAAUAUAGGAGACGAAAAUAUGCACAAUAUAAGCGGUAACAAUAAAAACAUAUACAAUAAUAAGAGUCAUCAUAAAAACAUACACAAUAAUAAUUCAGUUGUAUACAAUUCCGAGGAACAUGGCAAUAGUAAAUCCAAACGUAGCAAAGAAUUACACAUACCAGAUUUAAAAGAAGAUUCAAUAAAAAAUAAUAAUGGUAAUACUUCAAAGAAUUCAUAUGAUAAUUCAGAAGAAAAUAAUAUAAGAAAUGUUGAAUAUAUGAACGAAGAAGAUGGAAGCGAAUGUUACAAUUUUUCUUUAAAUGAUUCAAGUGAAGGUGAAAUAAAUGUAGACAAUAUAGAUAAAGAAUUAAAUUAUAAAGAUAUCAUAAAAUUAGGGAAAAAAUCGAAUACUAAUAAAGAGGCUUAUUAUUCAAAUAUGAUGGAGGAAAAUGAAGAAAAUAUAUUCAAUAUUGAAAAAUUUAUAAAUAUAUUUUUUAACUUGAGAAAUAGAUUUUUACCUUUUUCUUAUAAUGUGAAAAAAUAUAUUUUAAAGGAAUAUAAUAAAAAAACGAAGAAUAAAAAAAAUGAGAAAUUUAUUUGUUAUUUCUAUAUAUGUAUAAGCUUAUUAAUAUUUUGUAGUUUAUUCAUUAUAAAUAAUUUUAAAAAAAUAAGUGAAACAGAAAAUUUGUUAAAAUAUCAAAUUGAAAAUGUAAGUUUCUUGAGUCGUGAUAAAUUAUUUACCAAUAUGAAAUUUUAUCACGAAAAUAAAAGUUUAAAUAUCAAUAUUAAUAAUGAAUAUUUAAAUUUCCAUAAAAUAAAAAACAAAAAUGAUAUUAUAGAAUGGAUAAAAAAUUGUUUUACUUUAUAUUUAGAAAAUGGUACAGAUUUAUUUGGUAACAAUGCUAUAUAUCAUAAUUCAUAUAAAUGGAUAGAACUAUAUGACUUAUUAUAUGGUAAAAUAUAUGUACGUAUGACAUCAAGAGAAGAAAUAAAUAUAAGUGAUAAUAUAUACAGUAAUAAUAAUAAUAUAAUAUGUAAUAAUAGACAAAAUAAAUGUUAUACAUAUAUAAGAAAUGAAAAUAAUAUAUUGAAAAAUAAUUUAAAUGAUAUUUUAUCACUUAUUGAUGAUUCUAUAAAAGAAUUGGAAAUAUCAUUUAUUUUAUCUGAUGUAGAUGAUCAUCAUAAUAUAUUAGUAAAAAUAAAUUUUCAUUUUACUUCUACUGGUUAUAUAUCAAAACAUAUACAUUUUGAUCAUUUAUUUUUUAAUUCUUUUAAUAUAUAUCAGAUUAUUGGUGUUGUAGUAAAUGUUCUAUAUCUUAUUGUAUUAUUGUCCUUAUUAAUAGUUAUAUAUAAGUAUUAUUAUACAAAUUUUUUUUAUUUUUAUAACAUCUGCAUUAGUUCCUUGAAAGGUACUACUCAUUCCAAUAAUAGUAAUAUGACACAUAUUAUGAAUACACAAAUGGAGAAUUUUAAUUACAGAAGUGAUAAUAAUACAGGGAAUUUACAAAAUUUGGACAAUACAAAUAAUUUCAAUGUAGUAAAUAUAAAUAAUAAUAUUAUUCAUAAUAAUAAUAAUAUUCAUAAUAAUCAUAAUAGUAAUAGUUAUAUUUAUAGUGAUAAUAUUAUGUUCGAUAAAUACAAAGAUAAUAACAUGAAUACUGAGGAGAUAAAUUAUUAUGGUCCUUAUUAUAAUGAAAAUAAUUUUACUUUAAACAAUAAUUAUAUUUCGAACAUAAACUAUCAUCCUGAUAAUUUUUAUGCCAAUGUAGAUAUAAAUAAUAAUACAACAAAAUAUAAUUUAAGUUUGUUACUUAAAUUGAAAAUAUAUCUUACAUAUCUUUUUGAAUGUGAUAUUAUAAAGUUGUUUAUUUUUAUACUACAUAUAUUAAUAGUCAUAUUUUGGCUAGCUUUAUGUAUGAAUAUAAAUAGAAUUUCUUAUUAUAAUGAAAUAUUAUUAGAUAGUUAUUUUGAUAUUCAUAUAAAUACCAUUUCCUUUUAUUCUAUUAUGAUUAAUAUUUUUUAUGUGUUUCUUUUUUUAUGUAUUAUGAAUAUGUUUUUUUAUUUAUGCAAGUACGUCAAAAAUGAAGUUAUAUAUGAAGCUUUGUAUUAUAAUAGAAUGCAGAUAUUAAAAAGUGUCUUAUUAUUAUUAUUUGUAUGUUUUCAUUUUAUUAUUUUUCAUUAUUUCUUUUAUUACGGUAUAGAUAAUUAUGAAAAUGUAACAAUAUAUGAGCAUGUGAUUUAUUCAUUUUUACUAUUAAUAGGUAUGGUAAAAAUGGAAAUAUAUUUAAAAUUUAGUACCUUAUAUUUUUUUGUUAUUAUAUUACCUCAUUUGAUUUUCAUACGUUUCCUGUGUAUUUAUACUUUGUUUGCCCCUACAUUAUCUAGUUACAUAAUAAUAAAAAAAAACAGAAACAAACAAAGUAAUAAUACAGAUAAUAUUAGUAGUGAUAAAAUAUAUAAUAUUGAAAGCAAUUAUGGUGACAGUAGUAUGUAUAAUAUGGAAAAUAUGAAUACUGAUCUUAUGUAUCACAUUGACAAUAAUAAUAAUAAUAAAAACAAUAUUAAAAAUAAUAAUAAAACAAAACAUUUAUGUAAUGAACAAAAAGAAAAUAAUACCAAUAAUCAAUAUGAUGAAGAAGAUGAUAUACCUUUCAUAUUAACACGUUUAAGUAGUGAACAGUGGAAAGGUUUAAAAGAAGAAAUCAAAGAAUUUGCUAAAAUGGAAACAUAUAAUAUAUUGAUAUAUUUUCAAAAAUUUAAAAAUCAAAUAGAUAGUAAAAAAAUUACUUUUAUGUCUACAAUAUUAAAAAAUGAAUAUAAUUAUUUAAAUGAACAAAUUAAUAAUAUCUUAUUAGAUUUACGUAAAGUUGAAUUACAGUGGAAAUUUCAAAGUAAACUGGUUAACUCAUCAAAUGCAUAUAUAGAUAAAAUAAAUAAUGAAAUUGAUAUGAAUGAAGAAGAAAUUGUUGAAAGUAAAAGUAAACUUUCUUCAUUAAAGCAGUAUUUGCAAAAAGUUCAGAUGGACCCUACAAAAGAGCAGGACGAAUGA